AUGAUGCCAAUCGACUUGUUUGGAGGUGUGAUAGGAUCUUGGUGGAUGAGGAAGGGACUUUGGCCACUCAUAAACUCUGUCGUAAGAUGUUAUUUUGCACAACAGGAUCCAAUGGAAUCAUGGUGGGAGUCAGUGUCCAAAGCUCGCUCCCGAAUCCAAGCCCUUCUCUCUCUCCUCCCUCCAUUUUCAUCUAGUGAUUCUCUCUCUUCCCUGGUUGACUCUGAUCAACCUGCUCGCUCCCUUCUGGACUCCUAUGAAACCUACUCUGCUGUUUCAUCUGCUCUCUCUGGAUCUGGUGAUGAUCCUCUCUGUCAAUGGCUCUAUGACACCUUCCUCCAGUCUUCUGACGACUCUGAAUUAGACUUCCGCCUUGUGGUGAUUUCCUUGGUGCCUCUCAUUGCUGGACUCUAUCUAUCUCGCAUUCACACCUUCUCCACCACCUCCCCUUCUGCCCUCGGCUCCCCUUCCCUAGCAGGCUUUGAAGCCGUUCUCUUGGCUCUCUACUCUUCUGAGGUUAAGGCUCGUGCUGGAAAACCCCUCCUCGUUUCCAUCCCUUCACCUGCUUACCUUGCUCACCAUCCUUCCCUCUAUCACACCCCAUCUCCUCAACCUCACUCUCCUCCUGUUAAUAAAAAUAAUUUUUCCAGAUCAUCCUCUUCUUCUUCUCCCUCUCCUUCUGGUGUGUCUGGAAUUGGAAUUGAAAUUGGAGUUGGGGUUAUCUCCCCACCUCUAGAGCCCCAAAUAGGGAUCCAGUCCACAAAGCGUGCUACCAUUGUCGGGGUAGCCUUCCAUUGCUUUUUCAAACACAUCUCCCAAAUGCCACUUUGGUCUAAGAUAGAUCUCUGCCGUUUUGCUGCUUCGUGGGCUGGUAGUGAUUGUCCCUGUGCUCAUUCUCUUGACUUCCAUUGCAAUACUCCUACUACAACUGCUAAUCGACUGGAUGACGAUGACGAUGCUGUCUCUGUCAGUGAGGACCUGGUUGUUUCCUCCACUACUAGCACCACCAGUAGGUCUAGUACUAUUGGAGGUAUCAUUGCUCAACACCCUCAACCUCACCAAAAUGGAACAGCAGGAAGUGAGAUUAUCCUUUCAGAGGUUAUUUCUAGGUUGGAUAUCAAUGGCAACAAUACCAAUCACUCCCAGAUGUCACAUUCUUCUUCUUCUGGGAGACAGGGACAUGGGCAGGAACAAGAAGGGGUGAGAAUUUUGCUGCCCUGGGAGCUAUUGCAGCCGUUGCUAAGGAUACUGGGUCACUGUCUGCUUGCUCCUGCUCCUCUGAAUAACCAGGAGGUUAAGGACGCUGCUUCUGUGGCGGUGAGGCGUCUCUAUGCCAGGGCUUCUCAUGACCUAGCUCCACAGGCUAUCCUGGCUACACGAAGCCUUGUUCAGCUUGACAAUCGUGCUCGCGCCACCGCUAAGUCUGCUGCUUUAGCCACUUCUUCUUCCAAUGCUAACACACCGAAAUCUAGUAAGCCUGAGGUCUUCUUGGUCUCCAAGUGAUGAAGAUCCCCAUGACUCGCUCAUCUCUUCUUUAUAGUGAAUCUAUGACUGGGAAGACGAACACAGUAAGGGAACAUGACAAGGUACAUGCAACGCAACACUAGUAGUCAGCUUGGAUUGGAUUUUAUCUGUGGGAUAAAAGGUGUGAUAAGGUUUAUAACAUUCCUUACACUGCCAUGAAAGGACAGAAAUAAGGGUGUUCUUAUUAGUUUUUUGAUCAAUUAACUGUGUAAGUGAGUUAUAGACUGUUAAUGUUUGCAGUCAGACAAAAUGUACAAAAAGAGAUCAGAAAGUUUUAAGACAGCAUGCCAAAAGCUGUCGUCGGAUAAGCAUGAAUGAGAAACUUGUAGAUAUGUAAUGUGAAAUAUUUAUACAUUUGUUAUGGUUUACAUUGAUUUUUGUACUA